UGCUCGCUUUUAUUACCGAGCCCUUUUAACACAAGUUUCCUUUUUUUUUUCCCCUUCCAGUUCGAGAGGCACGACCCGGUGGACGGGCGGAUCACGGAGCGGCAGUUCGGCAGCAUGCUGCUGGCGUACAGCGGGGUGCAGUCGAAGAAGCUCACCGUCAUGCUGAAGCAGCUCAAGAAGCAAUUCCAAGACGGAGAGGGGCUGACGUUUGAGGAGGUGGAGAGCUUCUUCACGUUUCUGAAGAACAUAAACGAUGUGGACACGGCGUUGAGCUUUUACCACAUGGCUGGAGCCUCUCUUGAUAAAGUGACCAUGCAGCAAGUGGCCAGGACGGUGGCCAAGGUGGAGCUCUCCGACCACGUGUGCGACGUGGUGUUCGCGCUCUUCGACUGCGACGGGAACGGCGAGCUGAGCAACAAGGAGUUCGUGGCCAUCAUGAAGCAGCGCCUGAUGCGCGGCCUGGAGAAGCCCAAGGACAUGGGCUUCACCCGCCUCAUGCGCGCCAUGUGGAAGUGCGCCCAGGAGACCGCCUGGGACUUCACCCUGCCCCGGCCCUAGCGGCGCCGUUGUCUCCUUUGUCCCCUUAAUUCCCUUAAUGAGCUGGGAUUUCAUUAACGUGCUGGAGCUGCGUGCUUUUU